AUGGUUUCCAUCGUCGGAUCCCGAAAACUGCAGGUCGACUUCUCAUGGAAGAAGUUUGAAGGCCUCAUCACCGACGCAAACGACCCCAGCAAUCAUCCCCUCUACAUCGUGCACUGGAACGCUAUUAAGUCACCCCACAUAACAUUCAAGCGCCCCAGCGAUGACCAUAUAGUCGGUACGGGAACGCUGCACCUCGUCCGUAUAAAUGCCGACUUUGAAGUACACGGGCGAAGCAGGACGCUCGUCGCGCAGAAGCGUUUUAAGACCCUCUAUACACAUGAAACACACGCCUACGCCGAUCCGGGAGACCGCGAAGCCGGUUAUCUUGACCUGGACAAGCGUUUCCGGGUUCACAUCAUGGGACUUCGUCUGCGUGGACGAGCGCCAGCGGCCUGUUGCCAAGUACUCGGCGAAGAUCUGGGGGAUCAAGAAGAUUGGCAAUAUAACCAGAAAUUUCUUCGCGGUUUCGCGAACAAGACAUACCUUGGAUUUGAUUACCCUCACCAGCAGGCCGCGGAAGCCUCUUACGGUUCGCUCAAACUAGGGUUUGAGGUCUGA